GGACCCGGUCUUCCGAGUCAGGUGACCGGGCCGUCGCCUAGCAACAGGACGCGGCGACGUUCUGCGCCCGCGAGCUGGAGCCGGGUUCCCGCCCGGGGCGAGAUGUCCCAGGAAACCCCCCAGGAGUGCGCGGAGCCCGCGCAGCCCGAGAAAACCAGUGACCACUACCGCGUGAGCGAGGGCCUGCCGCGCAGGUUCAACCACCCGGGCUGGUUUCGGGGCUACAGGGCCAAGGAACCUGUCUCGGUGUACAGGACCAGUAACCAGGCAUAUGGGAGCAGAGCCCCCACCGUGCAUGAGAUGCCUAAAGUAUUUUUUCCAAAUUCAAAUAAAUUUUCUAGACAACUUGCAGCCAAUGGAAUGCUCCGGAAUAAUACUUUCAACAUCUCUAUGGAGAAGAGCGUGGUGACGGGCCCUGACAACUACAUCACCUCCUACGACCGGCUCAACUUCCACCCCAGUUAUAAUGUCAACAGGCCUUCCAUCUGUGAUUGAGGCGGGGCCAGAAAACCCCUCUCAAGGAAUCGUCUGACUUCAGUGGCCUUCUGGAAAACUGUCAUCCGUGAUCCUUGAAAUUCACCCGAUUAUAAAGGUAGACUUCACCUCUUUCUCUGAAACUAUUUUU